AUGAUGCGGUUCAGCCUGUCUCUCUCUACAGCCCUCGUGGCCUUGCUUGCCCAAUCUGUCGCCGGCCUUGGCUUGCGAUCUAGCCUGGCAAGAAAGCUGCAGCUCUCUGCUGAGUUGGGAUUGGAUCCCAAGCACUUUCUAGACCGUCACCAGUCGUUCCAUUCUGCCUCUGCGAAGACUAGUGAUAGUGGCAUUUCUCCUGACUAUGUUUCGGUGUGCUCCCGUUCCAUGCUGCUCCCUAUCGACCACGAUGAUCCGUCUGUCGGCACCUACAAGAAUCGAUACUGGGUGAAUGACGACUACUUUGAACCGGGUGGCCCAGUGAUCUUGUACGAUGCUGGGGAAUCGAACGCAGAAGGCUCGGUUUCGCAUCUCACAUCCGACCUUACAUUUCUCAGUAGACUGCUCGAUGAGUUCAAGGCGAUAGGAGUAAUCUGGGAGCAUCGGUACUACGGAGAAUCAUUGCCAUACCCUGUCUCCAACCAGACGCCGCCAGAGCAUUUCAAAUAUCUUACCACCGCCCAGGCCCUCGCCGAUAUCCCUGUCUUUGCAGAGAAUUUCAGUCGUCCGGCCUUUGAGGAUCUCGAUCUGACCCCAAAGUCAACUCCCUGGAUUAUGGUGGGAGGUUCGUACGCCGGUAUAAGGGCUGCACUUGCUCGUCAGGAAUACCCAGACACGAUAUUUGCAGCCCUUGCCUCUUCGGCUCCAGUUCAGGCGCGGAUCAAUAUGAGUUCCUAUAAUGACCAGGUAUAUCGGGGGAUGGUUGGCAACGGUGCCGGCAAUUGUUCCAAGGACAUCCACGCCGCGUUUGAAUACAUCGACGACCAGCUCUCGCAUGAACGCACAGCGGCAUCAAUUAAACAACUUUUCUUCGGCGCCGGUGCCGAGAAGAACUCGAACGAAGGCUUUACUGCGGCCCUCGGGGCGAUAUUUGGCUUCUACCAAACCUACGGCAUGGGAGGCCCUGCAGGGUCGCUAGGUGAUUUCUGUAAUUAUCUUGAGCGAGACCCUGUGACGAAUACGACGGUAGGCUCUGAAGGCCUUGCUCCUCACCGUGGGAACAAGUAUGUCGCAGAGCGUUGGGCUAAAUGGGCCCCGUUAACGGAACUGGUCAACCUGAACAUGGACACGAACUGCCGAGGCCUCGACAACUCAACUGCUCCAUCUUGCAAGCUGAACAGCCUCACGGCCGAUGCAGACUCCAUCGCGUGGACUUGGCAGUACUGCACUGAGUGGGGAUUCUAUCAGAUCAACAACGUGGGAGCCCAGUCCAUCCUCUCCCGCUUCCAAACCCUGGAAUCCCAACAAGAAAUCUGUAACCGGCAGUUCCCAGAUGCUGUUAAGAGCGGACUCCUCCCCUCAGAGCCGCAGGCAAACACGCUGAAUGAGGUAUUUGGUGGCUGGACUAUCCGGCCAUCGAAUGUGUUCUUCACCGAAGGUGAAUUCGACCCCUGGAGGACAUUGAGCUUGCUUUCGACCGAGGAGUUUUCACCGCGGUUCAACGUUACGUCAGAUAUCCCGAAGUGCGGUGUACAGACUGAUGCAGGCACAGUCUUUGGACAUGUCGGGCCUAAUGCAUUCCACUGCUUCGAUUUGGACCUCUUCAACGAUGGUGCGAAGGAGUCGCUGGGUUACUUCCGCCAGGCGUUGAAGGAAUGGCUCCCUUGCUUCGAGGAACAAAAACACGAUUAA